GUGUGGCGGAAAUGAAAUCCAAAGCCCUCUUUCAGUGGUACGAGUAAGGUCAGGGGCGAAUCGGAAGACAGCAGAUGGGACCCAUUAAUCUAAAGUGACUGCAGCAGGUGUAUGCACAAAGCCGAGGCCAUGGGAGCGGGGAAACGAAGGCUGUGGUUGAACCAGGAAGCGGGGCAGCUGGGCUUCCGGCGCAAAAGAGUUUGCGACUACGGCUGCCGCACGGGCCCAUCCGAUUCCGGCUCCGCGCUCUGAGGUGCAGUCAGCGUGCGCCCUUGCCCCGCCCUGAUCAGUGUGGAGCCCGCCGGCCAGGCCUGCGCAGUCGCGGCGGCCGGGGAAGAUGGUGGAGGACGGCGCGGAGGAGCUUGAGGACCUGGUGCACUUCUCCGUGUCCGAGUUGCCUAGUCGCGGCUACGGCGUCAUGGAGGAGAUCCGACGGCAGGGCAAGCUGUGCGACGUGACGCUCAAGAUUGGGGACCACAAGUUCAGUGCUCACCGGAUCGUCCUAGCAGCGUCCAUCCCGUACUUCCACGCCAUGUUUACCAAUGACAUGAUGGAGUGCAAGCAGGACGAGAUUGUCAUGCAGGGGAUGGACCCAAGUGCCCUGGAGGCGCUCAUCAACUUCGCCUACAACGGCAACCUGGCCAUUGACCAGCAGAACGUGCAGUCACUGCUGAUGGGGGCGAGCUUCCUGCAGCUGCAAAGCAUCAAAGAUGCCUGCUGCACGUUCCUCCGAGAACGGCUCCACCCCAAAAACUGCCUGGGUGUGCGCCAGUUCGCAGAGACGAUGAUGUGCGCCGUGCUGUAUGACGCGGCCAACAGCUUCAUCCACCAGCACUUUGUGGAGGUGUCCAUGUCGGAGGAGUUCCUGGCCCUGCCGGCAGGGGACGUGCUGGAGCUCGUGUCCCGGGAUGAGCUGAACGUGAAGUCAGAGGAACAGGUCUUCGAAGCCGCCUUGGCCUGGGUCCGAUACGACCGGGAGCAGAGGGGACCCUGCUUGCCCGAGCUGCUGUCCAACAUCCGCCUGCCUCUCUGCCGCCCCCAGUUCCUGUCUGACAGAGUGCAGCAGGAUGACCUGGUACGCUGCUGCCACAAGUGCAGGGACCUGGUGGACGAAGCGAAGGACUAUCACCUCAUGCCUGAGCGGCGGCCCCACCUCCCGGCCUUCAGAACUCGGCCUCGCUGCUGCACGUCCAUCGCUGGGCUGAUCUACGCCGUGGGGGGGCUCAACUCGGCAGCACAUUUUUAUGCAGGUGAUUCCCUGAAUGUGGUGGAAGUGUUUGACCCCAUCGCCAACCGCUGGGCAAAGUGCCAUCCCAUGACAACGGCCCGCAGCCGGGUGGGCGUGGCCGUGGUGAACGGGCUGCUCUACGCCAUUGGGGGCUACGACGGCCAGCGGCGGCUGAGCACGGUGGAGGCCUACAACCCAGAGACAGACACGUGGGCCCGAGUGGGCAGCAUGAACAGCAAGAGAAGUGCCAUGGGGACCGUCGUGCUAGACGGACAGAUCUACGUCUGUGGGGGCUACGACGGCAGCUCCUCCCUCAACUCCGUGGAGACCUACUCGCCUGAGACAGACAAGUGGACGGUGGUGACCCCGAUGAGUGCAAACCGCAGCGCCGCUGGCGUCACGAUCUUCGAGGGCAGGAUCUAUGUGUCGGGUGGCCACGACGGCCUGCAGAUCUUCAGCAGCGUGGAGCACUACAACCACCACACGGCCACCUGGCACCCGGCCUCUGGCCUGCUGAAUAAGCGCUGCCGGCACGGUGCUGCCUCCCUGGGCAGCAAGAUGUUCGUGUGCGGGGGCUACGACGGCUCCGGCUUCCUGAGCAUCGCCGAGGUGUACAGCUCUGUGGCAGACCAGUGGUGCCUCAUCGUCCCCAUGCACACACGCCGUAGCCGGGUCUCCCUCGUGGCCAGCUGUGGGCGCCUCUAUGCAGUGGGUGGCUAUGACGGACAGUCGAACCUGAGCUCCGUGGAAAUGUAUGACCCUGAGACGGACCGCUGGACGUUCAUGGCCCCCAUGGCGUGCCACGAGGGAGGGGUCGGCGUGGGCUGCAUCCCUCUCCUCACCAUCUAAGGCCAAGGGUGGGAUGCAGUGGGGUCGGGAUCUGGUACAAACCUAGGCACUUCUGUCCGGGGACAAGCCCACCCAGGAGAGGUGGGGGACCAGAAGACGGGGUGAAACGCAAGCUCGCCAGAGGGACGGCUUCUCCAGAUGCUUACGUCCUCCUCCCUGUGCUGCCCUGAUGACCAGAGGCACAGCCUGGGACAGAAGCCCCUCGGAGCCCACAGCCAGGGACAGGAAACUGCUUCAGUGGUUCACACAGCGCCGUGUAGGCUCCAGCCCAGCCCGGCUCCCGCCCACCGCACACCAGGAGCCACCCAUCUGCAGCCAUGCUGCUGUGGGGAGGUCGCAGGGCCCAGCGUGUGGGACGUUGUGGCGUGCAGCUGGAGAGAAAGGGUGUGCGCCAACUGUUCUUCUGCCUGUGCCGGUGCGGCCACCGCAGCACACUCCCAUCGUGGGGCACAGGAGGGUCCCGGCCUCGCCUCUGGGGAAGCAGGGAGGACCCUGGUCUUCUUGUCUAAUUUGGGGAUUUCAGAAAAGUCUUUCCAUCUUGUCCAGGAGAAACAGAAGGGAAAAAAGAUACUUGAAAGAAACUGAAGGAAUGAAACAUUUAAACUGGGAAGAGAAAUAUUUUUUAAGUGAAUAUUUUUUUCCAGGCAGAAAACAUAAAGGACACUAAAGGCAAAUACACAUUUCAGUGGAAAAGCCAUGAGACACAGAAUGGCGGUAUCUGCUCCCACAUCUGGAUCCCAGGGUCCUGAGGCCUUGAGAAGCAGUUGGGGUUCCCUCUGAGCCCCUGAGCCUGGUCCUGCAGCAAGGUGCUCUUGGUUUGUCUCCACACCCGCCAUCAGAGGACUUUCUUAGCGCAGGCCAGGCGAGGCAGCUGCAUUACUGCCACUCUCUCAGGCAGGCAUUCCAGGUGCCCCGGGAACCUCCCUUUGCCACCACAGCACACAUGCAGGCCCCUACUCCCUCUUCCGUUCCUUCCUUUUGGGACCAGCAGGAAACAGCGUGUCCAGCCAGACUCGCUCUGCCCAUCUGUCCUUCCUGCACCCUGUCCUCAUUGUGAUGCUCCUAGGCACAGUGCCCGUUUGUACCUCUAGAACCCAACCAGGGUCCCCCCUCCCACAGCCUGGGUGAGGCUGCCCUUGCCCGCCCCGCCAUCCACCGCCCCUCCGUCCACUCGCCAAUUCCAGGGGUCUGACACCCCCGCAGCCCUUGGCCGCCCAACCAGCAAGGUGGACCUUUACUUCCAAGCAAAUCUGCCUUUAGGGUCUGAAGAACUUAAGGCUGAAAGAAUCUUUUGCUGCUGCAAAGAACAGAUUUUAUAUUUCUUCCUCUAUUCUUGGCACAUGACCUCAUGAAGAGACUGCACACUCCUCCCUGCUCCCCGAUGGGACCUGCACGUCACACCGCGGGACCCGGAAUGGGGACGCUUCGUUACCAUUGCACUGGGCAGUAGAGCUGUCCUUCAACUGCUGCCAAAACCUGCUUUUAUAAAUUCUUCCAGUAGAGACUCGGGAAGGACACAGUUCCUUUUUGCCCAAGACCGGGCCUUCGGGUUCCCCUCGCUGCCUGCCUGGCGCAGCGGGGAGCCUGUUCAGAAGGGCACAGGGCGGCACUGCCUCCCCAUGCCCAGGACCACCAGGUUCACCAGUGUGCAUGAGUGAUCGCUGUGGAGCCCGAGGGAAGGUCCUUGUUACUUGCAGCUUAGGAGCUGGGCCUCUUACAAGCACUUGAAAAUGAUGCUUUUAUUUUAAGCCUCAGCAAGCGCAGAGCUGAGAGUUUGCCGACUCCCGCUCAGUUUGUCUCCAGGGUCAGCCUUGGAGGAGGAAGACCUGUUUCCUGCUGAGAGAAGCCAGCAGCGCUCACCCUGUCGCUGGGAGUCCUUCCCUUGUGACUCUGGGGCAGCACCGAGCAAGCGGGCCUUGCGGGUCUCGGGUGCUGGCCCUCUCUCACCGCGGGGGCGGUGGGGCGCUUUCCCGUGUCCUGCUGUUCCUGUGGUAGCCUCCCUGGGCCUGCCUCCCGCGGGAGAGGCUUCCGAGCCUGAGGCCAGCGUUUCCGAGGAUGAAGCCAGAGCUUUGAUCUGGGCUCUGAGAACAGUUUCCUGAACCCUGUGUUCAAAAACAUCCCGGCCAGUUCCUGGACGGCUCUGUGCAGCGGCUGCGGAGCGCCUCAGUACUGGGGACCACAGGCAGGAGGUGACGCAUGGUCCGAGGGCAUUGUGCCCCAGGGUCUCAGGCGCAGCCCAGCUUGAGCAGAGAACGCCGCUGGGCGCCGCUGUUCCCUGUCCUUGUCACCUUGCCUCCAUGGAUGACACAUAGCUCUCUUCUGGGGUCCCCUGAGACCACAGCCAGAGGGAGCUGGAGACCAGUCUCUUGACCCUGAGAUGUGACUAGGUAGGAACCCCCCAUUUAUUGUUUCACAGAAAAUCCUUUAUUUAUAGAACGCAUGUCAUUUGUUUUAAACCAAAGAGAAGGAAAUAAAGAGAACACUGCUAAUA